AAAUUCAGCCUUUCCCUCAAUGUGUGAAUGUGUAAAUAUACCAUGUCCUUGUCUAAUAUCUGAAAUGGUCCCGGAUUCUAGUCUUACACUUCUAAUUUCUAAACGUGAGCCCAAAGGCAAAGCAGUGACUUCAUUGUUUUCUUCUUCCUGUAUGUUGGUUUAUUGACUUUCUGACCACCAAAGAACUAUAAGAGCAAGAACUCGGGUUUCUUGAUUAACUGCAAAACCGUUUCAUUCAUGGAAAUCUCAGUUUAUUUGCUUGUUUUGACUUUCCUUCAAAUAUUCCUUCUUUCUCCAUGCACUGCCUCUGAUACUCUCAGAGAAGGCGAUUCCCUGCACGUUCAGAAACCAAAGGAUGUUCUGGUUUCUAAAAAUGGCAUCUUUAAUGCAGGGUUUUACAGAAUUGGAGAAAGUGCUUUCCGCUUCGCCAUUUGGCUCAAUGUCCGAUCCGAUCCCACUCAGACCGUUGUUUGGAUGGCCAACCGAGACCAACCCGUGGAAGGCAAAGGCUCAAAGAUUUCCCUUUUGAGAAACGGGGGGCUUAUCUUGACCGACGCCACUGGAAAAACAGAGUGGAAUGUAGACUCUGUUUCUGCUUCCUCUGUUCAACUAAAGCUUCUCAACAAUGGCAAUCUUGUUCUUCAAACUCUAGAUGGUACUUACACCCUCUGGGAAAGCUUUAAGUUCCCUACAGAUACACUUCUUCCUAAUCAAGAAUUCACCAAAGACACUAAUCUUAUCUCCUCAAGAAGCCGAUCCAACUAUUCUUCUGGUAAUUAUAAGUUCUACUUCGACAACGAUAAUGUCCUCCGCCUUCUUUAUCAAGUGUCAGACAUAACCAGUGUCUACUGGCCGCCGCCAUAUCUCCUUACUUGGGAAACAGGAAGUGAGAGUGGAUUCCGGUGCAGCUCCAUUGAGAAGAUUAACCCUUGAUCCUGACGG